UUAAAAAAAGAGUAUAGCCGAGAUUUUUUCACAGUCGUGCCCUCGUUGACUUCGGCUUUACUAACGAUUAAACUUGUUUUGUUGAAACCCGUGAGUAGCAUUUGCUGCUGCAGAACAAACCAAUUUUAAAACGGCUUAUACUCUUUAAAGUCCAUUUCCCUCUCCCGCCUUGUUCUCCUCUCUUGGCUCUCUCUCUCUCUCCCAAACGACAUGUUCACCUCACCACACCAACGACAACAACGACAAUUCCUCCCUCUGCCAACUCCAACAAUUCCAGCUCAAGAUCGCCCACUUAGAAUCAGUUCUAGCAUAAAGUGUUCAAAAUCUGAAUGGGAAAAUCGAUUGUAUCGAAGAGCGUUGACUACAUGGUUCAGAAGAUCCAUCAUUUGCAGGAGACUCAAGGCUUAAUGCUCUAGAAGAAGAGGUACGGCUUCUGUGGGCUGCAUCAAGAAGUAGUACAACUUGGAUCUUCAACGGUUGCCUCUCAGGCUCAAAAGAUGGCCGAUAUCGUUACAGAACAAUGGAUUCAAAUUCAUGGAGUUUCUAUGGUCCUCGCGUAACAAGGUUUGCAGGUUGUGGAUAGGAAUAUGAAUUCAUCAUCUUCUUCUCCUCCUUUUGCUGCCCCCCUUCAAGAAAAGUAUGAUGUGUUUCUUAGUUUCAGAGGUAAAGACACACGCGAUACUUUUACCAGUCAUCUUCACGCAGCUUUACUUCGGAAGAAAAUUGAGACCUACAUGGAUCGCAGACUGGAGAAAGGAGACGACAUUGAACCUGCCCUUCUGGAAGCAAUCGAGAAAUCAAAGAUUUCAGUAGUCAUUUUCUCAAAAACCUAUGCUUCUUCCACAUGGUGUUUGAAAGAACUUGUGCAUAUACUGGGAUGCAAGGAAAGAUAUGGACAAAUUGUUAUACCCAUUUUUUAUGGCAUAGAUCCAUCACAUGUACGAAAACAGCAGGGAACUUAUACACUUGAAGGUCUUCAACUAAAGAAACGUUUUAAGGGCAGUAGGGAUGAGGUGGUCAACUGGAGGGCUGCUCUGGAGGAAGCAGCCAAUAUGUCUGGGUUUCAUCAUUCAAGCAAAACAGGGACAGCAGCUGAUUUUGUAGAGAAAGUUGUCCAAGAUAUUUUGACCAAAUUGAAUCGUGAAUCGUCAAGUGAUUUAAAGGGCCUGGUUGGAAUUGAAAGGAAGAUUGAGAAAAUUGAGUCGUUAUUGUGCUUAAGUUCACCAGGUGUUUGCUGUGUAGGUAUUUGGGGCAUGGCUGGUAUUGGCAAGACCACCCUUGUGGAUGCCGUAUUUCACAGGCAGUCCUCUAAAUUUGAAGCUGCUUGUUUUCUUGCAAAUGUUAGGGAGAAAUCAGAACAAACGGGUGGACCAAAUCAGUUGCUAAAUAAACUCGUUCGUAAGAUAUUAAAGGACAAAGAUAUAACCAUCGACACUCUGUCUAUAGGACAAACUUCUAUUCAAGCUAGGCUCAGGCGUACAAAGGCGCUCAUUGUUCUUGAUGAUGUGAAUGCUUCAAGCCAACUAGAAGUUCUUGUUGGUGACCAUGAUCGGUUUUGCCAAGGCAGUCGAAUCAUUAUAACUGCUAGAGAUAAAGGCGUUCUUGAGGAAAAAGUUGAUAAUGAAAAGAUAUACGAGGUUGAGGGAUUAAGUUUCAAUGAAGCUCUUCAGCUCUUUCAUUCGCAUGCUUUCAAAAAUAAGUCCCCAACAAUAGAUUAUACUGAGUUGUCAAAAGAGGUGGUAGAAUAUGUUAAAGGCAUUCCAUUAGCUCUUAAAGUUAUGGGGUCCUCAUUCCUUCGUUGCAAGAGCAAACAAGAGUGGGAAGAUCAAUGGAACAAAUUGAAACGAUUUCCAAGUGAAGAAAUCAAGAAAGCUCUGAGAGUAAGUUACGAUGGAUUAGAAGAAAAUGAGAAGGAGAUAUUUCUUGAUAUAGCAUGUUUUCAUAAGGACGAGAAUAUUGAUGGUGUAAAAAGAAUGUUAUAUAUUCGUGGUUUCUAUGGGGAAGUCGGAAUCAAAGUCCUCAUUGAUAGGUCUCUCAUAUCAAUUUGGGAAGGAUGGAUAGCGAUGCAUGAUUUGCUGCAAGAAAUGGGUAGGGCAAUUGUUCGCGAACAAUGUAUUGAAGAACCCAGAAAACGCAGUAGGUUGUUCAUUGCAGAGGAUGUCUAUCAAGUGUUGACAAAUAACCAGAGAACUGCAACUGUUCAAGCCAUAUUCUUUGACUGGUCUAAGAUUGAAAAGCUAAACUUGAAUCAUGCAAAUUUCGAAAAAAUGUAUCAACUGAGAUGGCUACGUGUCAAUUACCCUCGGUUUCUCAAGAACAUCACAUUAAUUGAUUCUCUUGAUCUUCCUAAUUCUCUUAGUUAUCUUGAAUGGGAGGGAUAUCCUUUGAAAUCUUUGCCAUCAAAAUUUUCUCCUGAAAAUCUUGUUGAGCUUCAUAUGCCGUUCAGCGAAGUUGGGGCUCAACUUUGGAAUAAAGACCAGAAUCUUAUCAACUUAAAAGUGAUCAGUCUUCGUUCCUCCGAUCAUCUAACUGAAGUUCCAAAUCUCUCUCAGAGUCAAAAAAUUGAGCGGAUAGAUCUUUAUGACUGUAACAGAUUGGUUGAAAUUCCUUCGUAUUUUAAAUAUCUUAACAAGCUUACAAAUCUUGAACUUGGGCGGUGCAGAAAGCUCAAAACUCUUCCGGAUAUGCCAUGUAAUAUUGAAUUCUUAGAUUUAUCUAAGACAGCAAUAGAGGAAUUGCCUUCAUCAGUUUGGUCUCACGAAAAAAUAUCUGAGCUUGAUAUUAGAUAUUGUAGAGACCUUAAGAGUCUUCCAAGCAGCAGUUGUAAGCCGAAUGUGUCAGGUACUUUUAGUCUAUGUGGCUGCAAAUCUCUUUGCAAGUUUCCGGAGCUUCCCAGGAAUACAACAGUGCUAGAUUUGAGUAAGACAGGAAUAAAAGAUUUGCCGUCAUCAAUCAAGUUUGUCUUUGGUCUCACUACAAUUAAACUGGUCGCUUGCAAAAGCCUUGUGAGUCUCCCAAUGAACAUUUGGAAUUUGAAAUCUUUGAAGAGCCUUGAUCUCAGUCGUUGCUCUAACUUUCAACACUUGCCAAAAAUCUCAGACCCUGUGGAACAUCUGGAGUUUCUAAAUUUAUCAGGUACAGCGGUUAAAGAGCUACUGCCAUCAGUUGGAAAUCUAGUUGCACUUAAAUAUUUAGUUCUCCACAAGUGCAAGAACCUUGAGGUCGUCCCAAACAGCAUCUACAGUUUAAGCAAUCUUAAAACUCUCUCGUUUAAUGGCUGUUCGGAACUGAAGAAAUUGCCUCCCGUCUUAAUAGACCGAGUUGGAUUGGUAUCUCUGGAAGCACUAAACCUUGCUAAGUGCAGUAUACUAGAAAUCCCUGAUGGCCUUGUUUGCUUAACCUCAUUACAAAAAUUAAAUCUGAGAGAGACCAACAUUAAGAGCAUACCUGCAAGCAUCAAACAUGCUGCUCACCUGUCUUGCCUUUUCUUAACCGAUUGCAAGAGCCUUAAAUCUUUACCAGAGCUCCCCCCAUUGUUGCAACGUCUUGAAGCACAUGGUUGCACGUCUCUGAAGAGAGUCUCAAGUUCAAGCACUGCACUCGCACAAGGUUGGGGCGAAUAUAUAUUUUAUCCAGGGCUUCAUGAAAAAUAUAUAUUUUCUAGUUGCCCAAAGUUGGACCAGAAUGCACGAAGGAACAUAAUGGUUGAUGCACAGCUCCGAAUUAUGCGAAUAGCAACUGCGUGGUCAAAGUCUAAAGAAGAAAAAAUUGAACAAUCAUCAUAUGAUUCAGAUGAUGAUUAUGAUUAUGAUUCAGAUGGUUAUGAUUCUGAUUCAGAUGAUUAUGAUUCAGAGGAUUAUGAUUUAAAUGAUACUGAUCAUGAUCCAGAUGAUAUGAUGCAGGAAAAUUUCAUUGCCAUUAAAUGUUGGGGGUAUGAAAUUCCAAAUUGGUUCAGCCAUCAAAGUGAGGGAUCUUCAAUAAACAUCAAGCUUCCUCCUGAUUGGUUUAGCACAGAUUUCUUGGGUUUCGCUCUAUCUCUUGUUAUUGCAUUCAACAAGGAUUACGCUGAAUUCUCUAUGAAGAUUGGAUGCAAGUACAACUUCAAAACUAGUAAUGGUGAAAGCCAUGAAAUCAACCAUCCUUUGCAUCCGUUUGCGAAUAGUGGAAGCUCAAAGCUCCAUCAGGUGUAUGUGUGGUGGUAUAAUAAUGUAUUUGAAGAAGUUGUAGAGGGAGCUCAAAGCCCCACUGCGUUUUACAAACUUGUUACUGAGGUCUAUGUUGACUUCAGCGUACUGGGUUUUGCCAACAAACCCUAUUCGGAGUUGGAGGUGGAGAAGUGUGGGAUUUGUUUGUUGUAUGCCCAAGAUGCUGAGAGCAUAAAGAAGAGGAUUUUGUAGCUAAAGCGAUCAUGAACUUUUAUCCCUAACUUCAAUUUUUGUUUUUUGUUUUGACGUGCAAUAUCAUUUUAUUUGAGCUGUUACAAGCCUUGUGGCUGAGGAUGCUUAUGCUUAGGGAUGUCGCUUGUACAAAAAAUUAAAAAGUAGUGGGGAAUCCAGUCUAGUCUCCUUGUAACUAAUUCAGUCUGAAAGAACUCCUCGACUUUUACAGGGAGAUAUAGAACAUGGAUAUCAAUGGUGCCAUGUCGUUCUCCACGUGUCACAACUUUUUCACUAUUAGUGUUUGGGAUGCUUUAUUUAUUUUAUUUUAUUAAUCAA